AAUCCUAUCCUCCCUCUCUCCCCAUUCCUCAAGAGAAAGCCAAAACUGAUACUCUCAAGUCCUCCAUCUUCCAAGAAACCUUUAAUUUCCUUGUCAAAUUGCAUUUCCACACAAAGAAAUGACCAACCCAAGAUUCAAAAACACAUCUUUCGUCAUUCCACUCUUAAUUCUUCCGACUUUAAUGGCCACCCAGGCCAAUGCCCUAAUCCCAUAUACAAGAACCCUAUGGGAUUUGAUCCCCUCAACAGAGGACCCCUUCAGGAUUCUUGAACAAACCCCAUUUACAAUCCCAAAAGGGGUUGAAGCUCUUGCACUUGCAAAGGCAGAUUGGAAAGAAACACCAGCAUCGCACGUGAUCUCCUUGGACAUUCCAGGGAUCAAGAGGGAUGAAAUCAAAAUAGAGGUGGAAGAGAACAGAGUGUUGAGAAUAAGUGGAGAGAGGAAAGGAGAAGAAGAGGUUGAGGGAGAGAAAUGGCACAGAGCUGAAAGAACUAAUGGGAAGUUCUGGAGGCAGUUUCGGCUGCCGAAUAAUGCAGAUUUGGAUCACAUUAAGGCUCAUCUUGAAGAUGGGGUGUUAAAGAUUACUGUGCCGAAGUUUGCCGAGGAGCAGAGGAGACAGCCUAAGGUUAUUGACAUUGUUGAAGAGAAUUCUUCUGGUCAGGAUAUCAAGACUACAAAAGCUGAGAUGUGAUGUAAUCUUCAUACUCUUGCUUUUUGAGACUAAUAAUGCUUGUAAUUAGCUGGAAAAAAAAUAAUAAAAAAAAAAGACAAAACUAAUAGAAAACUCUGAAAAUUAAUCUUAUUCGAUGAUUAAUUAUAUAAUAUAACGAUUAUA